AUGAAUGAAGAAGCGUACACUCCACAAGUUAUUUCCACAGGCCCCUUUCACCACGACAACAAAAAUUUCCAAAUCCUGGAAAAGUAUAAAGUGAGAUAUCUCGAGAAUUUUAUGAGACGAGCUAGAACAAACCUCGAGAAUUUAGUAAGAAUUGUAAAAGCCUUGGAAACAGAAAUUCGUCAAUGUUAUGCAGAAACCAUCGAACUUGAUAGCGAUGAGUUUGUGACAAUGAUACUCCUUGAUGCGGCCUUCAUUAUUGAGUAUUUCUUGAGAGACAUGUUCCCAGUGCAAUGGACAAAUGAGGAUAGAACAGUUAUAAAGCCGUGGAUAACUGCUAGGAUGCAGUUGGACUUCCUGUUACUUGAAAAUCAACUUCCUUUCUUUAUUCUUAAUGAUUUAUAUCAGCUUGUUUUGGUUACUGAUAGUAUGUAUCGUCCCUUCAUUGAGGUUGCCUUUCACUACUUUGGCUUUCUCAACACUCAAAAUAAGCCUUCUGAUUCCAAUCAGUUCAAUCAAAUAAUUCAUUUUGUUGAUUUGAUCCGAAUCUUUUAUCUACCUCCACCCGAUCUAUCAGAAAGACAACCUGACAGUAGGGUUGAGAAAAUAUACUGUGCAACGAAGCUGGCUGAGGCAGGAUUGACCUUUAAGAAGAGUGAAAGCCAGUGCUACCUUAAGUUAAAAUAUCAUGAAGGCGGAGUGUUGGAAAUCCCACGCUUUACUAUUGACAAUACCACGGAGAUAUUUGCUCGAAACCUCAUGGCUUUGGAGCAAUGUCACUAUCCAACACAAGCAUAUAUUAUUGAUUAUUUUCUCUUGUUGGAUUUUCUCUGUAGAACAACCUUGCAAAUAUCACUAAGAAACACAAGGGAUUCCUUGCUUUCUUUUGCCUGA